CGACCGCACCGUGACCGCCAGCGAGGCUCUGCCACCGCGGCAGCCAGAGAGGGGCCAUGGAGGGGGUCACACCUCACUGGAGAAGCUCUGCUGGAGCAGCCUCCAGCCCCAGAGAGAUGCCACUCUCUGGAGAGAGCCAGGGUGGGAGCAGGCGCGCGGUGCCAAGCCUGUCGUGCCCUGGCUCCGUCACGCCAGCUGCCUUGCCAGCACAAACACGGCUCACUUGGAAGAGGCAGCGCUGGCCGAGCCCAGCCCGGAGCUCCCAGCCACAGGGCCAGGAUGUGGGGCAGGAGGGGCCCGGCCCCCAGCGCCAGCACGCUGGCAGUGGACCCAGCAGGGAAAGGACCUGGAGAAGGGAACGUGUCCCAGGAUCGGUGCCAAGAGGGAUGGAAACUCCAGGAGCUGGGGCCAGCCCGCACGUCAGCCAGGAGAGCGCUUCUGCACCUGAGCCGUGUGGCUGCGGCGGCCACAGCUCAACAUCUGCAGAUCCCAUAACCGACGGCGCCGGCUCCACGGCCCUGGGUCCCGCGGGUGCCCCGGACCCCCUGGCGGUGGUGGCAGCCCCGGGGUGGUGGCAGGGCUGGCGGAGGGCAGGGUGCUGCCGCGGCGCUCCCAGCUCCCGGCGUGCCGGCUGCGGCGCAGGGCCAUGUUUUCUGCAUUAGUUCCAUCCCGGCUGAGCUGUACGUAUGGCAGCAAGUAUGCGGGAGGCUGGGCUGCUCCCUGCUCAGCCUGUGCAGAUGUUGCCAGAGGUGAGCGCGCGGACAGCAGCUCCCCUGGUGUAGAGGGUCUUGGCAGGGACGGGGUGGCGUGGCCCGGCACUGAGGGUGGACACUGGUGUGGUUCAGCCCUGGGACACCCGUGGGGCUGCUGUGGACCCCUGGGGCUGGCAGAGCUGGGUAGAGACCCUGGCACCCUUCCCGGAGUGAUGCUGGAACCCCUGGAGCAGGGAACCAGCCACAGCCCAAGGGACAGUGUCCCUCCUGAGCUGCUUGUCCCCCUGGCAGGCUGCGAGGAGCCCACCAGCUCUGGGCCAGCACACGGGGAUCCAAGGAAACCUUCCAGCUCCCUGCCAGUGCCCAAGCAGCCCAGACUCCUCCCGCCCAUUGCAAGAAUCCAGCCCGGCCGUUUUUGGGCAGCCCAGGCUGGGGGGGCCUGUGCCCCCUCCUCGGAGUCAGAUCGGCUGCAUGGGGAGAGUUUCCAGCACCGUUCCUCUCCCAGUCUCAACCAAUCCCUCCUAGGCAGGCUGGGGCAAGGUGCUGGUUUCCAUGGGGGUCCCCAGCCCUUCUCCCGGUGCAGCCGCUGGGGCUGCGGGGGCCCAGGGCCGGCGCGUCGGACGCAGCUGUUGGCAGCGAUGCGCGGGCUCGGGGAGCUGGGAACAGCUGCCCGCAGGGAGCGGCCGCUACGGCUCCGCGGCUGCCUGGGAGAGCCCCACACAAAGCCGAGGCUGCUCCGGCUCCCAGGCGAACCCUGUUUACCCGGGAGCCGUCACCCUGAGCCGGAUGCAGGGCAGGGAGAGAGCCCAGGGCAGAGCCCUGGGGCUGGAUGGGUGGGAGGUGGCCGGGGGGGUCAAAGCUCUGCUCUUGGCAGAGCCCCCGUGGCUGGCAGGGCUGGGACAGCUCAGCCCUGCCUGUGGCUAACAGCCCAUGAGCAUGGCUAACAGCCUACAGACAUCUGAUCCCCGUGGGAAGCAACCCCAGCAGCGGGAUCUGUGUGGGCACAGGAGGCACCAGUGCCAGGCUGAGCUACCCCUUUGCCAGGGGGUGCCAGGGCAGGAGGGGUCUCCCCUGGCCAGGGCACUGUGGGGGACUCUGGGGACAGACACCUACCCCGGGUCCAUGCACAUGGGGAAGCUGUUGCUCCUUGCGCACCCCACGAGGCUGUGGGCAGCAGGAGGAACGGCUUCCCGGGAGCUGAGAGGGUUAACCAUGCACCGAAUCCUCCUCUCCGAACAAGAAUGUGAGGGAUCUCCUUCUCUUGCCAAAUCCCAGUAACUCCAGAGGUAACCGGGAGAACACAGCAGCCUCUCCCAGGCCAGCCCCACUCCUGGUUGCUGCCCGGAGCUCAAGGAGACCAGGAGCUGUCACCUGCCCCAGGGGAGUGCAGGGCUCCCACAGAGCUGCGGGGUUGCUCCAGCAGCCAUCACACUGCUAGCACUGGCCCUGCCUUCUGCCAGGUGUGCAGUAUAUCUGUGUCACACUGGGCAGGGACCAGGACAAGUCCCCUGCUGCCCACGCCACCUCCCCAAUCCCACUGGCCAGGGCAGCAUUGCUGUGAGGCCCCCAUGCCCUGGGGAACUGGGCACCACCAGACUCUGCCUCUCCCCCCCUGCCACCAGCAAGGCCCUCCUGCUCCAUCCAACCCUCCUGCCCUUGGUGAGGCCAAGGCCAUGUCCCAGAGGAUGCUGUGGGCCCAGCAAGGGCAGGAAGGUGGGUGGGCUCCCAGUGGGAACAGACACCACAAGGCUAGGAUGGGAGCAGGACCUCCCUCCCCGGGCAGGAGAGGGGGACUCGCUGGCCAGGGGGGUGGGCAGGCUGCAGCAGCCAGCAGCCACCUCUGCUGCUUCCUCCCUCUUCCUGCAGCCACCAGCCCGACAAGCCCUGCUAUAACGCCAUCAAACCCCAAAACACCUUUGCCCUCUGGAGCGGAGCCUGCCAGGAGUCCCAGGUCAGGCACAGGGUGAGGCUCCUGAAACACCGUGAGGAGCCCCAGCCCCAGUAAUGGAGGCGCCAACCUGUGUGAGCCUCAGCUGGUGAGGCCAUUCCCAGUGGGAGAGAUGGGCACUCAGGCGAGGGUGAGCUGGUGCUACCACACACCCACACCCCCUGAGAUGCCUCUGGCUCAUUCCAGAUCCUCCUCGACUUCCCCAUGUCUGCCAUACCAAGUGGCAUUCCUGGGAAGGACGGCCGAGGGGGAAGCGGAGCAGAGGAAAUAUAAACAGUCCCGUGCAGCUACGCUGGGGAACAGAAGCAUGAGAGCGCCGAGCGUGCGCUGCUAUAAAUAGGCUGCCCAGAGUCAGGCCAACUUUUUCAUAGCUUCCCACGGUCUCCUUGGGAAUGUGGGAUGCUGUGGACCUUCCCCCAGCCUGGAGGAAGCUGCUGCCGAGGCUGGGAGUCAGGUACCCCCGGGGUGACCCCAGCGUGGGAUGCCGUGAUGAUGGGGCAGCGGGAGGAAGGCUGAAGUCUCUCUACGUCCCGAUGCGCCUCCCCGAUGAUGACAAACGGUCCCCAGCCAGCCCUGGGCUGACAGCUGGAUCCUGGGCAGAGGUGGCACGUCAGGGUCCUUUGAGUUCUGGCUGUGGGCCAGAUCACCCCAAACCCAGAUCUCCACUCCACCACAGCAUCACCCGGCCACCACGGCCACGCUGCCCCAGGGACGCUCUCCACGGACUAUCUCCCACUGUGGCACAGCUGAUGCGGUCCAUGGGAUGGUGGCCAUGGUUUGGGACAGGGGCUGGAGUCCCUCCUGCCCCCAGAACCUUGAGCAGGGCUGCGACAGCCCCGGCUGUGCUUGGGCUGUGAGCCCCGGCUGCUGCCCACCACCGAACUCUGCCCCCGGCACAGCCUGCGAGCUGCGGGGGCAAACCCCCGGCGGGGACAACCCUCCGGGGACACUGUCCCAGCUGUCCCCGGGCGCCCUGAGCCCCGGCCCCGCUCAUUAGCACAGCUCAUUACGAUGCGAGCGGGGCGUGCGCUGGCCCGGUGCGCGGGGCCGUUCCCUCGCCCCCGGCCCUGCCCAGAGGCGGCGGAGGAAGUUUCUCGUGAGAACGGAGCCGGCUCCUCUCCAUCCCACAGCGGCCGCGCUCCGCGGCUGCCCCGCAGCCCCACACGGACGGUGCCUGUCCCAGGCCUGUCCCGGGAGCCAGGUGCUGGCCAGAUGCACGCACAGCCCCUCGCAGCAGCCCGUGGCGAGCAGGAUGUGGCCCAUGGGCUCUGCGUCCAGGUGAAGGUGGCCAGAGCAGUGGACAAGCAGAGAUGCCGCCUUAGUAGCCCAGGGCAUAUCUGAAUCAUUGUCCCACGCUGCUGGUGACCCACCUGAGGCAUGAGCUGGGUACGGUAUGGGUACGGAGCUUCCUGGUGCUCCAGCUCCCUGCUCAGCCUUGCGUCCCCUGUACCUCCAAGGGCAGGACCCGGGGGGACACGGGAGGGACCUUUGGUGCGGCUCGCACCGGGAUUGCAGGAGGGGGCGGGCGGGACCAGCGACAUUGACCCUCGGCAGGGCCGCAGCCUCAAGGGAGAGAUGUGACUCGCUUCCAGGGGGAGGGUCAAGGCGACCACCACCCUGUGGGCGGGGAGGACAGGCGGCCGGGGCAGCGCGGCCUUGGGAGGGGCUAAGGCAGAGCACAGAACUCACAGAACUCUCUGGAAGGACAGUGGUGCUUGGACCUGGAUCCAGCCAGCAGCAGGAGCGUGGCCCCACGGGUGGCAAGGCAGGACCCGGGGUAGCCCUGGGGUCUCCACUGCCGGUUUAGGGCACAGAGAGCAGCAAUGGGGUGUGAGCACAGCCCUGACGCUCACAAAGGGGCUGCAACAAAGGGAUGGGGAUCCAGCAGGAUGAGGCCACUGCUGUCCCAAGGGAAAUCAUAGCCCUGGGUACAUACCAGGCACCCCACGGGGUCAGCCAGACCCCGGCCACGCUGCGUCACACAUGUCUGCCCGCUGCUGGGAUAUGCUCAAAAUAGCUGCCACGGGCGUAGCCGAGAAUGGGGGUCAGGACCUGGCGAGGAUACGGUCACAGGGUGUGGGCAGCCUGCCAGUCAUCCUUGUCAUCCACCCUCGGUCCCCAACCCCAUGUGUGCCACAUCCAUGGUACCUGAGACAGCACCAGGUAUUAGGAGCAGCGACCACUCCUCCCUGAGCUUCUUAUUUUAGCUCCUUCUCAUUCUUUUCCCCUGCUCUAAACAAAGGAAUGUUUAAUGAGGCAGGCUUGGCCAAUUAAGAAAUCCAGCCGGAGGAGCAGCCUGGGGCCGGCUCUCGUCUCCACAGAGGGCCCAGGGUGAGCAGGCAGCCGGACCCUGUGCCGGCUGUGAGGAAACCCAGCCCACGGUGCGGCAGGGGCCAGCACAGCUGGGAAACCCAUCCUGCAGCUCACCUCUGCAAAAAAACAGGCAACUUCAAAGCCAGGAGCCUGCGAGGUGCUGGCACCGCACGGCGGCCCCGGCAUCACCCGGGUCUGUAACCGCGCUGGCCCGAGGGGAGAAGGAGACUUUCCAACCAACCCAGCCCUCCAGCAAUGGGGAGAAAAGAAAAGAACAAAACCCAGGAGCGUUAUUCUUCUUGGCUAAGCAAGCCCUGCGCAAACUUCCAGAGGAUUUAUGGCAUUUUAAAGUUUUCCCCUUCAGCAGAGCACUUCUCCAAGACUAAACAUCUCCAUCCAUUGCAAGCCGGCCGGGCAGGGCCGCGGCAGUGAAGGUGCAUAUUUCUCUUGGCAAACACAGAGUGCCGGCCCCGGGCUGGAUCAGACAGCAGGGGAGGGAAGUGAACUGCCUGCUUUGAACAGCCACCAUCAUUCACACGUUAUUUUUAAUAGCUCAGCGAGACAGAGUCCACCCUCCCCAGGAGACUUGGCUCGAGCCCAUCACACUCACAGCUCCGCCAUCAGACAAGCCGACAGGAGACAGGCCCCGGAGGCAUGAAGAGCAGGCAGCUCGCUCGGCUGCAUCCACCCGGGAGGAGAGAAAAUCCAUUCCCUGCCACGGAGGCGUUGCUCUGGCACAGCCGGCUUCAAAGGACUCCUGCUGAUCCCAUUAGGAAGCCGUGGGAUGGCGCUGGCUCCUGUGCACCCCCCUCUGGUGCUCCCCAGGGAGCAGAAGAACUCACUGCCUGCUUUUCCAGCUCAGGAAGCUCCUGGUGCCAGGGGCUGAGGCGGCACAGGCUGGGCACCCUGCGCAGCCCCGCAGCCACGCCAGGGCACACACGCAGGGAGGCGGUGCUGGAACCAGCUCCCAUCUUGCUGCUCUGGUGUAAUUUUGGGAAAAUGGGUGGUCAGUGCCCCUCAGGUUGCCACUGCUGCUCCAACACCAGGAGACAGGCAUCCUGAGGUGGGCACCGCCCCUCCCUGUGCCUGGGCAGGGCAGAGCCCUGCCUCUCUGCCAGCAGCGAUGCUGCCCCUGCCUCUUCCCUGCCCCACUCACUGCCCACCUCAGAGCUGCUGGUCCAGCCUGCUCCUCCUGCCACUGGAGGCAGUGAUGCCUGAGUGAUGCCAACUCCAGCCUGGCACUGGGUGUACUGGGAAUUUCAGGACACGCUAUGAGUAAUGUGGAAAGGCUGUGCUAGGAGGGUGAGAGGAAGAGCUACAUGUUCAGGCCUCAUUGCAGCCUGAGAGAUGAAGGAAUAUGGAUCGAUUCCAGCCUGGCAGAGCCCUUCCUGGUGUCACCCUGCCCUCAGGUGAUGGUCCCUGGCAGGUCCCCAUGGCCCUUGCCUGGCAGACAGCCCCCACAGCCUGCCAGGCUUGAACUCAGCACCUGAGCUCCCCCCACAGCCCACGCGGGGCCAAACGUCCUGUGGAGGUGGCAC